AUGUCUCCCAGCUGCGAUUCCUCGAUGCACAGCGCCUCCCGUUCUGAUACUGAUUCAGACCACGAAUCUAUCGCCGACAGUAAUCUCAGUCUUCAGUCUGACCCACCUUCGGACGCGGAAACCCAGCCCAGCACACCGCCGGAUCCUCAGCAGCUAGGGCAGGUGGCUAUAUACUCACCUGGUCGCUCCUUUACGGAGAACGACAGCGAUCGACUGCCACUGGUCAAGUCCCUCGGGUACGGAGAUGAUGCCGUCACCGGUCGUUACGUUAUCGACACUCUCACCGAAGUCGUCAUCCCGGACAAGUUCUGGGAGCUAUUGAGGCACGCCUGCCCUGACCACGACACAUACCAUGGCCUCCGCGGGUAUGUGAAGAUUAUAUGGGAGCUGCAGAUGGAGUGGGUGGCUGUUGGUCGUAAAGGGUUCGUGACGAAGUCCAUCGAGGGGAUGAGCGAAGCACAGUUUUGGCUGAUGCAGAAGACGCUGGAGCGGAGCUGGAAGUGGAAGUUGCGCAAGGGAGAGUUCAAGCACUGGAUAUCAUUCCUUCGUUGCAUGCGCCUCGAUUUCUGGCCUGAGGAAGGCGUAGCAGUGGCCAUCGCACCAACGUUCGAUGAAGAUUUCACGUCACCUCUUGUGGCGGUCCUCGAGGUGACCAUGAAACAGUGCGCUGACACUUGGUCCGUCACGAGGCCGUGUCUGGCACCAAAGUGCUUCAUCACAACGUCAGCCGUGCAGUUCGGCGUGAAGUUCGGUGCGAUUCUGCGAGACAAACUCCGAAGCCUGGAGCCAGGGACGGAAGUGUUCAUGUGUAUGGUGGCCCAGACCCGAGACGAGUUUAUGUAUCAAGCUAGGAAGAUGGCCUUCGUGGCUCAGUCUUUGGGAAAGCUUCAAGGCUUUGUCCUUGCGCUUCUCGGCGAACUCGACUGGCAAGAUGACCACAGUCUUAUCUACGAAGAUAGCAUUCCGGGUACCAAAGAAGAUCAUGCCACUGGAGUCGAGUUGUGCGUACUCUCCUAUCAGCGAGAUGACUUUGGAACGUUCGUGGAAUCCGCUGCUCGUGCAGCAGAGUUCCAUGACUGGGAGAUUGAUACGGGAUUUAUGCGAGUGCAUGGCCCAGCCGACAACACUCAAACUCAGCGAGUGCAUGGCCCAGCCGACAACAUGGACAGUGGCCCCGCCACGACACCACCUGAAGGGCUCGCUCGCUUCGACCACUGUAUCCGUUCUAUCAUCAGCUCCUACCUCGACGAGCUCCAGCCGUAUUCGUUUGCAGUCCGAUCUCCUGAAGUGGAAGCCGAGGCACUCCUUUCCGCGCCUGGGCGCGUGCUGGCCAAGCUGCAAUCCUGUGCCCAUCGGUUGGCACUGGAUCUUCGUGCCAUGAAGGCGGGAAGGGGUCGCGUCAGCCUGUUGCAGGGGCGAGAGCCAUACUACUUCGACGGUGUUUUCAGAGCGGACAUGAAGCCGUCAAAGCUCUCUCCAUCCUCUAUCAUGCCCAGCCGCGGUAGGAUGGCGCACAACAUGGAGUGGUCGCCUCGGUUUAAAUUGAAGCCGUCCGUCGGCGACGCGAUCAUACCGGAUGCGUCCUUUCUGUUGGAUUUGGGCGGGUCAUUGCACCUGGUGGCCGGUUUGGACGUUUGUUCUACUCAGAGCGCGCCAAAUGUAACAGCGAAGUGGGCUAGAGCGAUAGACUCCGCAUGCCAGCCCGCUGUGGCCAUAUUCCUGGUAUUCAUACCAGAACAGGCGCACGAUACCCUCCAGACGCCUAUGAGCCACCACUGGCAACGGUACGAGGCACCGGGGCGUCACUCAAACGCCAUGUUCAGGCUUCUCAAGUGCUCCAAACCUAUGGGCAAGAAAUGGGGCCGGGGACUUAUUGAGGCGCAGCCUCUGGUCAACCCGGACUGGGGCUUCCGCAAACAGCCCACCCGGAACGCUUACGGCUUCAGACCGGGCACCACGCGAGGACGGCGCAAUGAUCCGCCAAUCGGUGAGGUCAGGGUGGGUGGGGCUAGGAUCCAUGGCGGGCAGCGAGCGUACUUCGUCGUCGCCAAUCAUAACAACUACCCCGUCAUCUCCCAAGCUGCAGACGAGAAGUGGCCGCUACCGCGUCUGUGCGAGGAGUUACCUUGCGUGGAGCUUCGCCAUGACAUCGGUCAGGACGGGGUCAGCGGCCUCGCUUCCCCGCAAGCCGUCUCUCAGAUUUCUUGGGAGUUAAAGAAGGUGGUAGAAACAUCGCUCAUUAUGUUCAGAGCGAUUGGGCCGACUCCAGAUGAGCGGCAGUGGGAGAUGCUCAUCGCGGGGCGCAACAGCGUCAUACUCAAUUUCCUCAUGGACCGCCUUCGUGGCUAUCCGCACGACGCUGUCACGCUCGAAGAGGACGAUCCGCUCUUCAUUGUAGCCACGCAAGACCCACGGCUGGUGACGUUGAGUGCGGAAGAGAGCAUCACGGCUAUCUUGCGUGUCGCGCUCAAUCGCCUGCGAGACUUGGUCUCAACGCACGCAGGAGAUAGGUUCCGGGAGAUGGUACAGAGGAACGGUGCUGGCGGCUGGGCUCGCGGGCCAAACGAGAAUCGAUGA